ACAUAUUUCUCAAUUUGUAGUAUCUACAAAUGGCAUUAUUACUACAUUCCAAAGUACUACAAAUCCACAGGAAACUCUCCAAAAUCCAAACUCCACUUGGCCCCUUAAAAAUCUCAAAUGCAAGCCAAUUGAUAUGCUAAGCUAAGCUUAAGAUUCCCUCAUUUUCACAACCAUUUACACAACUCAUUCCAAUUCCGUUAUGGAACCUCAUAAUAGCCUCACUCCAUCCUCUCCCCCAUCACCACCACCCUCACCGCCGCCGCCGCCACGAAAAACCUACAAAUUAACAGCCACAUCCAUCUCCUACACUAAAACCACCACAAACAACUCCACUACUUCUUCCUACACACCAACCUUCCUCUUCAAAGAUUGCACCUCCACUCUACCUACCUACAUUCUCCAAGACAUCUCAUUAACUGCCUUUCCUUCCCAAAUACUCGCAAUAGUCGGCCCAAGUGGUGCAGGCAAAUCCACCCUCCUCGACAUCCUAGCCGCUCGAACUUCCCCCACCUCCGGCACCCUCUUCCUCAACUCCCACCCUAUCAUCCCUUCCUCCUACCGUAAGCUCUCCGCCUACGUACCUCAACAUGACGCUUGUCUCUCCCUUUUAACCGUCUCUGAAACCUUCGCCUUCACCGCCCGUCUCCUCCACCCUACCUCCACCUCAAAAGAAAUCUCUGACGUAGUUUCAACUCUCCUAGGAGAGCUUCGUCUACGACAUUUAUCAAACACUUGGUGUACAAAAGGUCUUUCCGGAGGCGAACAACGAAGGGUUUCGAUAGGACUUAGUUUACUACAUGAUCCCGGUAUCCUCCUCCUCGACGAACCUACUUCAGGCCUCGAUAGUGGAUCAGCCUUCAAUGUAAUGCAAACCCUUAAAUCAAUCUCGAUAUCGAGACAUCGAACCGUGGUUGUAUCGAUCCAUCAACCAAGCUUUAAGAUCCUCUCUACUAUUGAUCAAAUUCUCUUAUUAUCUAAAGGAAGAGUUCUUCAUCAUGGAAGUUUAUCUUCCUUACAAAACCACCUUAAUUUUCAUGGUUUUAAUGUUCCUCCUCAACUCAAUGCCCUAGAAUAUGCCAUGGAAAUAUUAAACCAACUACCCGUUCCUCCAUCUCCUACUCAUAACACAAAUGAUCGUCGCGAUACGAUCGAGAUUAGAGAGAAGAUUAAGUAUAAGAGUUCAAGGGUUCAUGAGAUUAUCACACUUUCUAGAAGAUUUUGGAAGAUUAUAUAUAGGACAAAACAAUUUCUUUUGACAAAUACAUUAGAAGCACUUGUUGUUGGUCUUGUUUUAGGGACUAUUUACAUUAAUGUUGGGUAUAACAAAGAAGGGAUUCAAAAAAGAUUAGGUCUUUUUGCAUUUACACUCACAUUUUUACUAUCUUCAACAACAGAAACCCUACCAAUUUUUAUUAAUGAAAGGCCAAUCCUAUUAAGGGAAACUUCUAGUGGGGUUUAUAGAGUUUCAUCUUAUCUUAUAGCUAAUACCCUUGUUUUUCUUCCUUAUUUGCUAGUCAUUUCUAUAAUCUACUCGUUUUCGGUGUACUUCCUAGUAGGCCUAUGUGCUACGUGGUUGUCGUUCGGGUACUUUGUACUUGUGAUUUGGGUUAUUGUACUUAUGGCUAACUCGUUCGUACUCUUCCUUAGCUCGGUUGCACCAACGUACAUAGCCGGGACCUCGUUGGUGACCGUGAUCCUGGCCGGGUUUUUUCUCUUCUCAGGGUACUUCAUUGGUAAGGAGAGUAUGCCUAAGUAUUGGGUUUACAUGCAAUACUUGUCAAUGUACAAGUAUGCCCUUGAUGCAUUGCUUAUAAAUGAGUAUUCAUGUCUUGUUACAAAGUGUUUGGUUUGGUAUGAAGAGAGCAAGAGUUGUAUGGUGACAGGACAUGAUGUGUUGGUAAAAAGAGGGUUACAUGAAGGGCAAAGAUGGAAUAAUGUUUAUGUUUUAGUUGGGUUCUUUGUGCUCUAUAGAGUGCUUUGUUUGUUGGUUUUAAUUAAGAGAGUAUCAAGGUCCAAAAAAUAAUGAUGUUAAUUUGAUGAUCAAUUUUAAUAUGUUUGUUCUAAGUUGUACAAACAAUGCAGUGUUACUAUUAUUGUAAUUUGUUGAAUAUAUAAGUUCAGUUAUCUUAUUUCCCUUUCAAUAGUACAUACAUUAUUGAUUAGAUUCGCUACAUAUAUACAUGCAUGAGCAUAAAAUAAGACGUGGGACAUUCAUUGUUAUAUUCUGUUGUUUCACUUUCCGAUCCCUUAGUGAAUGUAUGUACUAGUAUGUAUUUGAGAUAUGAUUGUCCUUAUCUAGCCAAUGGUAUAUAUAUAUUAAAUAUUAAACCCCAUCAAAAUGAGAAAUAAUGGGGCUUUUAUUUGGCAAUGAAAAUCCUAGGAAAAAUGACGCUUUUAAUUAGGGAUUGAAUGUGUAUUAUAAUUUUCUAAAUAUAUUAAUUCAGUUCUAAACGUCAUAAUCUGCAUGCAUCAUCUAAACUAAACAUGUCCAUUCAAAAAAAAAAAAAAAAAAAAAAUUCUAAACUUAACAUGAGAUGGAUGUUUAACACAAAGAAAAAAAUAGAUUUUUCAACUAUGCUCAAUUUAUGACUCAACAAACACAUAUUCCUAAUGAGGUUCGACCCAUGGAAUUAUUGGAUGGACCACAUACUCACAUGCCAUGGAGAGAAUCUUGGUUAGGAAAUUCAGCAGAGUAUAUGAAAUAGGAAAUUAAAAAGAUGUCACGGGGUCCUUAUCAAAUAUAUCCAAAAUAAAAACAGUAUAAACCUCCAAAAUUGCUUGUCAAUUUUUAUUUAAGCUUCUUGUUUCUGUCAAAAAAAAACAAAAUAAUAAAGUCUUUAAAAAGAAUACUUGUUAUAGUAAUAAUGGAGUUCC